GGCGCGCAAAGCAUCUUGGGAUAUGGAUGGCCACGAACGAUAGUCGCGGAGGAGGGCGCAUUCGGAGGAGCCUUCGAAUUCGAAUGAAUUGAGACGGCCUUAGCGCGGCGUUGUGACGUAAGCAGGCCUUCAAAUUCGUCCUUCGAAGGAUGCAGACCCCGAAAUGGUACACAGCUCGGGUUUCUAAACUCUCGACCCGGGCUCAAUCAAAAAGGACCACAUCGUGCCGCUUUAGCUGCCCUUGUAGAUGCCUGCCUGUGAAGUCAAUACGAGCAUGCAGUGGCUGUCUAAAUUCACUAGGUGGCACAAGAAUACAUUUUACACACCAUAGGUGUAAAUUUGGAGAAAAAACAAAUAGUACCGCAACGGCAUUUGAAGCACGGGCGGUAAUAUGUCUUUAUUUAUCUGGUGGCAGUAAAGGUAAAGAACAAAAAAAUAACAAAAAACAAAAACGGGCAGUUUUAAGACCCCACUCCCGCGCUGCGACCCCCACAGGCUGCCUCACCGGCAGGGCGUGCGUGUGUGCGUGCGUGUGACAAGCUAUCAAGGUGCAGUGAGAUGAAGACCAGUCAGAAGAUAACAUUUUGAUAAGGACAACGCGCAUGGGAGACUUGGAUUCUUAUCUUUGGCAAAAAAUGGCCAAAAACACAUCCUUAUAUUUUCGCAUUGUCGAGGGCAGGAACCUCCCAGCCAAAGACGUGUCUGGAACCAGUGAUCCAUACUGCAUCAUAAAAGUUGACAAUGAAGUCGUGGCCAGGACUGCUACUGUGUGGAAAAAUCUUAAUCCUUUCUGGGGUGAAGAGUACACGCUGCAUCUCCCAAUGGGUUUCCAUUCUCUCUCCUUCCAUGUCAUGGACGAGGAUACUAUCGGCCAUGAUGAUGUUAUUGGAAAGAUUUCGCUGACCAAAGAAGCCAUUGGAUCUCAAGCUAAAGGGCUGGACAGUUGGAUAAACCUGACAAGGGUUGAUCCUGAUGAAGAAGUGCAGGGGGAGAUUCACCUGAGUCUUCAUCUGUUGAAGCACACAGAGAAGAUUGUCCUGCGAUGUGAUGUCAUUGAAGCCAGAGACCUGGCUCCCAGGGAUAUUUCUGGAACUUCAGAUCCAUUCGCAAGAGUUAUUUACAACAACUACAGUGCAGAGACCUCGAUUAUCAAGAAGACUCGUUUCCCGCAUUGGGGAGAGACCCUGGAGCUGGACUUGGAUCCUCGGGAGCUCAGUGAGGAAGGUACUGUCGUUGUGGAGGUGUGGGACUGGGACAUGGUGGGCAAAAAUGACUUCCUGGGAAAGGUGGAAAUCCCUUUUGCUUGUUUGCAUAAGACCCCUCUAUUAGACAGCUGGUUUCGUUUGCUACCCUUGGGAAACAAUGAGGUGGAUGCAGGUGGCAAGUUGGGAGCACUGCGUCUGAAGGUGCGUUUGGUCGAGGAUCAAAUUUUGCCAUCGCUGUACUAUCAGCCCCUCAUUGACCUUUUGGUUGAGUCGGUCAUCUCCCCCGCUGAGGUGGAGGACAGCAGCGCACUGACCUUGCUAGAGGAGGUGACCACCGUUGAGAGCAGACAAGACGUGGCCAUGACUUUGGUGAAGAUCUAUUUGGGUCAAGGCCUGGUGGUUCCCUUUUUGGAUUAUCUAAACACCCGGGAGGUCAACAUCACAACUGAUCCAAAUACUCUAUUCCGCUCCAACUCACUUGCUUCCAAAGCCAUGGAACAAUUUAUGAAGGCUGUUGGCAUGCUGUAUUUACAUGAAGUACUGAAGCCCAUCAUCAACCGCAUCUUUGAUGAGAAGAAGUACAUUGAACUGGACCCAUGUAAGAUUGACCUGAACCACACAAGGAGGAUUUCCUUUAAGGGUGCCGUGUCAGAGGCAGAAGUGCGGGACAGCAGCGUGGAGAUGCUGCAAAGCUACUUAAGCAGGAUCGUUGAAUCAAUCGUGGGCUCGGUUGAGCAAUGUCCUCCUGUCAUGAGAGUGGCCUUCAAACAGCUGCACAAGCGUGUUGAGGAGCAGUUUGCUGAGCCUGAAAACGAGGAUGUGAAAUAUCUCGCCAUCAGUGGAUUUUUUUUCCUGCGUUUUUUCGCUCCUGCAAUCCUCACACCUAAACUGUUCCAGCUGAGAGACCAGCACGCUGAUACGCGUACAAGCAGGACACUGUUACUGCUGGCCAAGGCUUUACAAAGUGUGGGGAACCUCGGCCUUCAGUUGGGUCAUGGAAAGGAGCAAUGGAUGGCGCCUCUCCAUCCCAUCAUACUUCGCAGUGUGGCCUCUGUGAAGGACUUCCUGGACAAAUUGAUUGACAUCGAUCAUGACAUUGGGUCUGAGAUGCCACAGAGGGCUGUGUUCCUGCCCUCAGUCAUCGUCAAAGAAGGUUACCUCCAGAAACACAAAGCAGAAGGAGCUCAACUUCUCUCUCGCUUUGCCUUCAAGAAACGCUACUUCUGGUUGACUAGUGAGACCCUCUCUUACGCCAAGGCGCCUGAUUGGCAGGCGCGCUCCUCAUUGCUCAUUCACUGUGUGUGCGCGGUGGAGAGGGUGGACGAAAACGCCUUUCAGCAGCAGAAUGUAAUGCAGGUCGUCACCCAGGACGACGACGGGCAGCUGCACACCAUGUACAUCCAGUGCAAGAAUGUUAAUGAGCUGAACCAAUGGCUGUCGGCCAUCAGGAAAGUGAGCAUCUACAACGAGCACAUGCUGCCCUCCUUCCAUCCAGGGACAUACCGCGGGGGGAAGUGGACGUGCUGUCUGCAGACGGACCGUACCGUGGCAGGCUGCAGUAGAACCCACUCAGCGGUGACUUUGGGGGACUGGAGUGACCCCCUUGAUCCCGACGUAGAGACUCAGACCAUCUUCAAGCAGCUUCUCCAGGGCAGAGACAAACUCAGGAAAAAGCAUCUUCCAGAAGCAGAUGCUGAUCAGACGGGCGGCAAUAAGGACAAGAUCCACUCCGGCAUGGACACAGACGGUGCAGAAUGUAAGCCAGUGACGUCUGGUCAGGGCCUGGCUUCUCGCCUCUUAGCGGUGAUUGAGGACCUUGAAGAGGCUCACUCAGCCUUCCAGCACAGAGUGGAAAAGGAGGACUCCUCCACCACCAGUGUGAUUGUCAACACCUAAGACGGACUGGGAUUCCCAUAAAUCCUCCUCAGACAACAGCCAGUGUCGCCCUGGGGACGGCCAUGGAGGUAAAGCGCAUCACUUUGAGUGCUUUUGUAUUCUGUGAGUGCCAGCGACUUGGAGGAUGCUGCAGAGAAUUUAUGACACAUACAGUAAUUGUCAGGCCUGGCAUGGCCUUCAUCCUCUUUGACAUUUCGUACAGGACACACUUUUUAUGCAAACGCUUGUUGCAAUGUAACUUGUUACUUUAUGUCAUUGGUACAUUGGGGAAGGGAUUCAUAUGGCCCAAUUCCUGGGUGGUUUAAUCAUUUUGCAAUGCAGUCUGCUGAAAAUGAUGGAAAGCAACACUUUAUAUAGCAUAUAUAUAUACAUUUAUACACAAAUAUGAUGUAUAUAUAUAAAUAUAUAUACACA